UACUGCCAUUCAGAUGAUAUGCAUGCUUUCCCAGCAAGCUUUGGCCUUAAAGGGUAAGUGUUUGCGCCUUGGGAUUGAUUAUUGUAGACAAGAUCUUGGUAAAACAGUCAUUGUUCGUGAUGUAUUUUACAACCAACCAGUUCGAAGGAAGCAAAUGCACUCCAACUAUAGGCAUUGGGACCUGUUAAGGUGGACGACAAUGCAUGCUGCAGAUGAGCGAAUUCGUUUGGAAGAACGACGUGAGAAGGUCCUAUCUGGAAAAAAUGAGGACAACAACCUAUCUUGAUUCUGAGCAAGAGUUGGUAUGAUUAUUUUGAUAAUAGGUCAUUCCUGAAAUUGGUUACCAAUUACUACACAACUAUGCUGACCAAAUUCAAAACUGGGUUUGGAUCUGCAACAAUCAUUCUCAAACUUCAAGAUCAUUGACCAGGUGUAAUUAUGUUUGGAGAUGCAUUGUUUCCUUCAGAAUGUUCUCUCGUUGUUGAGUAGUUGAAGCAGACUUUUUUGUGUUUUCAAUGAAUGGAAAAUUGCAUUUCAGAAAUAUCUGCGUUGAAAUUGCAUUUGAUGAUAUGUUUAAGAGAGGAAUUCCACAUUAUCAAUGACUGCGAUAUCUUUUCAUUUGUUAGUGUGCUCAUAGGUGAUUAACUUUUGUCCCUCUUUUGCCACUUAGGUGCUCUGCAUGAGCAGAUUGCUAAGUUAGGUUCAUGGAGUAGGACUCUUUUCUAGGCAUGGCAUGGAUUACACCAGAAUGAAAUCCACCUAGAAUGUACAGCAAAGCGACUAAGGUCAUCCGUAUCCUAGUGUCUAAAAGCUCUUGUGAGUAUACCUAAUUUGGUUCUUUUUGCAACCUACUAAUUUCACUCUGAAGAUAUCCGGUCUCUGGAUAUGGAGCUUGAUACCAAUUUCAUUUUGAAGAUAUCCGGUCCACGAUCAUCACAUUGAAGGAUGAUCUGGAUGUGGAGCUCGGUACAUCUAUACAGAUUCAACAAAUAAAUGUAUUUACUAAAUGUAACACUUGCUUUUGGUGGCAGCAUCACUCAAACACACACACACACGAAAAAUAGAAAAAGGGAAUGGAUUGUACAGUUUCCAUUGUAUAGUUAGAGUAACUGUGUAUAGAGGGUAAAGAAAUGUUACGAUAAUGAAUUAGGUAAUUUGAUUGUAACAUCAUUUAUCUUGAGAUGAUUAAAUUUGUAUAUUCCAUUGUCUAACCCUUUCUUUUUGACCCAUUAAAUAACAAUAGUCAUUUUUUCCCAAUAAA